CCUUACCCGCGCCGCCGGUGCCUCUCCCUUGCCCGCGCCGCCGGUGCCUCUCCCUCGCCCGUGUUGCCGGCGCCUCUCCAUUGGCUCCGUCGUCGGUGCCAAGAUCUCAUUUUUAUUCUCCGAUGGCUGAUUUCGAGUGCGUCGGCUCGAUCUGCAAUGGCCUUCCUCCACUCCAACGCCGUGCGGAUGAUGCCAUGGAAGGGCCACCAUGGCAAGGAGCAGGAUGACGCCUUGGAAGGUUCACCGACAGGAGCAACUACGUACGGUCUGGUCUUCUCCACUGACAUGGAUAUCGACAUGGAGGUCCGCCAUGGAAGGCCUGGAGCUCGUCAUGGAGGGUCCCUCCUCUCUCUUCCCCUCCCUCUACUCUGUUGGUUGGUUGGACGGAAGACCAUCGCUCGUCCAGCUCUGCUUCUUCCACCGCUGCUCCCGUCCCACCAUAGUGCCACAGACGCUAUGCCAAGCACGGAAGGGGUGGAUGCCAAUACUCUUAGAAUGGUCAUUGGAGCAAUAUACACAAUAGUGAUGUUUGUCGGCAUCAACAACUGUGCAACCGUUCAACCAAUUGUUUUAAUCGAGAGAACAGUUUGUACAGAGAGAGGGCUGCUCCAUUGCUUAGCUACUUAUGCAGCGAGGGUACAUGUUGUUCUAGAUGGCUCUGUAGACAGUGAGAAUGAGGAGACUCAAACUCAUGAAGAUUCUAAUGAGGAAAUCGAUUAUGAUAAAUAACAACACAGGUAAUCUUUCAGACAGACACACCAAAAAAAUAGUUCGGUCCUUAAUUCAUUACUUCCAAAAUGUAAAGUAAAUUCCAGAGACACAUAACACAGAGUCUUUUGUGCUAAACUUUCUAAUUAACCGCUCCAAAAUAUGUACUCGCCACAAACAAACUUUCUAAUUCGCCAGUCUUCAUCUUUGACUCACUACAAAUAAACCUAUGAAAAUAGAUGUCUGCUAAAAAUCCUGCAAAAAUUCCCAUAAAAUAUUUCAAUAAAAUCUAAGAAGUCUUCAUCUUUGAAAAUCUACCACGGUGUCAUAGGUUAAAAUCCAAUCACUUCAUCAUUGGUCCAAUUAAUUUUUUAUAACAAAAGUUGUUCAAUUUGUGACUAAAAAAGUGGCUGAAUUUUAGAGUGGUAAUAUGGUAUACCUCGGAUAGGUUGGUCUAUGAUAACCGGAGGUGGAGUGGACCAGCAUCUAAUGUGAGGCAAUCACUGGCGGUCUGGUCGUGGUUGUGGGUAUGCGUUCGGUGCCUAGGGAUCAGAGUCCGAAUAGCAAAGUUCAUCGAUAUUGUAGUUAUUGUGGCCCUGGCUGUCAGAGCUGAACUAUCGCUUGUUAUCCCUACAGAUGUUCGUGCUAACUGAAUAUGCUAAUUUGCAUUGCUUUUGUUGCAUAACCAUGUUUUUUUUCUGAAGCUACUUAUGCAGCGAGGGUACAGGUUGUUCUAGAUGGCUCUGUAGAUAGUGAGAAUGAGGAGACUCAAACUCAUGAAGAUUCUAAUGAGGAAAUCGAUUAUGAUAAAUAACAACACAAGUAAUCUUUCAGACAGACACACCAAAAAAAAAUAGUUCGGUCCUUAAUUCAUUACUUCCAGAAUGUAAAGUAAAUUCCAGAGACACAUAACACAGAGUCUUUUGUGCUAAACUUUCUAAUUAACCGCUCCAAAAUAUGUACUCGCCACAAAUAAACUUUCUAAUUCGCUAGUCUUCAUCUUUGACUCACUACAAAUAAACCUAUGAAAAUAGAUGUCUGCUAAAAAUCCUGCAAAAUAUUCCCAUAAAAUAUUUCAAUAAAAUCUAAGAAGUCUUCAUCUUUGAAAAUCUACCACAAUGUCAUAGGUUAAAAUCCAAUCACUUCAUCAUUGGUCCAAUUAAUUUUUUAUAACAAAAGUUGUUCAAUUUGUGACUAAAAAAGUGGUUGAAUUUUAGAGUGGUAAUAUGGUAUACCUCGGAUAGGUUGGUCUAUGAUAACCGGAGGUGGAGUGGAUCAACAUCUAAUGUGAGGCACUCACUGACGGUCUGGCCGUGGUUGUGGGUAUGCGUCCGGCGCCUAGGGAUCAGAGUCCGAAUAACAGAGUUCGUCGGUGUGGGCUAGCAAUGUUAAGACUUUAAAAAGAUUAUCAUCAAUUGUGCACUACAUAUCUGAUCUUGACAGUGCAAUAUGAACAUGACUGAUGUUUAAUAUAGCGAACAGAAUAUCAAAUUAGAAAUUGUGGUGUUGUUUGGCUGGAGGGGAC